AUGUCUUCUCCAACAGGCCCCCAUUCCACCAACAUCACCGACACCACCCCAAACAACGCAGCCGAAGCCCACAAAGCCCGCACUAACUCUGACAUAAUCAACCUCUUCAAAAAACCCCCCAUCUCAGACGCCAACCCCCCCUCCAUCAAAGGCAUAGGACUUUACACCCACAUCGCCGCUCCCACCAAUCCCAGCCCAGAAAUCCCCUCUCACCCAGUCUUCCUGCCCAUCACUCAAACCCCCACCGGAAAAGCCCCUUUCAACCCUCAUCUACCAGAUGAAAUCCGCGACCUAUGUUCGGACAUACGCGACCUAAUCCGCGACGAAGAAGCAGCCGUAGCGAACCGCUCCCUCAGUUUUGACGAACUCACCAAACGCUACGCUGGACUUCCUGUGCGUGCUGAUGUCCUGGGUGACGCGACGGCGCUGGCGGUGAGGGCGAAGGGGGAUGUGGUUAUGCGGGAGGACGGAGGAGGGCGACAGGGUGUGGAGAGGGAGGUGGGAGUGCAGAGUGGGAGUCGCCGGGUGUCGGUUGAUGUAGCGGGGUCUGGGGUGGCUGGAAGGGAGGAUGUGGUUAUGCGGGAGGUGGAGGAGGAAACGGCGAGGAAACUACCGCCUGGUACGCAUAUUUAUCGGGAGGAUCCGAGGAGGAGGAGGUGA